CAGAGAGAGAGGCUGCUCCUCCUUCGAUUAUUUCCCUUUCCACUCCUUCCUCUCCAGAUCCCAAAUUACUCCUCCUUCCUUCUUGAUCUGAUUGUAAUAGAUAGCUGAGGUAGAUCGGGCCUGUUACAUCUGGUAUCAGAGGUCAGACGAUCUGGAGACGGCCUAUCCCCGACCGCGCUACGCCACCAAGCAGGCGCUGAAGACGGCGGCGAUGGAAGAGCAGCUCGCCGCUCUCGUCAAGUCCGUCCACGAGAGCCGCGCGGCCAACGACGCCCGGCUGGAUGCGAUCCAGACCUCCCUCGAGCUCUGGCGUCCAGCGGUGAUGAGCCUGCAGAACCAGCUCGACGAGCUCCGCAUGCAAGUGGGGCGCAUCGCCCUCCACCCCGCGCUGGCGGAAUCGACGGGUCCCGCGGUGGAUCUCGCCGGAGCCGCGGUGGAUUUGGGCCGAUCUGAAGCCGAUCUGGUGGGGCUCAAGACGGGCGCGCCGAAUACCAGCAACCCCGAGCACCACGGGCCAAGCGGCCAUGGCGAUGUCGAGAAUUCCGGGGGUUCGGCUUACGGGGUAGUCACCACCCAGUUGCCGCCUCCGAUCAACAGAGAAUGGCAGGAGAGGUCGUUUGUCAGGGAAGGAAGUGCUACGAGGAGAGUGGUCAACGUGCGGGGUUCACUGCCGUUCACGAGCAUUGGAUUGACAAGAUGGCGCUACGGCACCUACUGGCGAGGAGCAUUACAUGUGCUGCUUUAUCGCGGUGCAUUCGUCACAAGGUUAUCCUCAUCUACCGGCAAAUAUCAAGUAAUAAAAACACCAAUAGAUGCUAACGAACACAAAGUUGGACAGCAUUAUCUUGGGAGCUCCAUGGAGGCUGUGUACUUUGCAAAUCUUCAUGAUCGAAUUCGGAUUUGGCACCUGAGUGAAUCCAAUGAUGAGGUAGAAUGGGUGUUGAAGAAUAGCAUUGGCCUUGUUGAGCCAUCGGCAAAUAUAUAUUUGCUCAACCCUUAUCGAAUCUGCGGACCUUGGAUAUUUGAUGACGAUCAUGUUCUUGACAAAUAUGGCAAUAGCAAAAGGCUUGAGAAUGUGAUUUCUGAUUGGGACUGGGAUGAUGAUAAUAUUCUCGAUGAGUGUGGCCGUCAUCCUGGAUACUGUCCGUUACUUGGAUGUCCAUUACUUGGGUUUCACCCCUACAAAGAUAUUGCUUUCUUCCAUCUGGGGUUAAAAGCAGUGGCUUAUCAUUUUGAUAGCUCAAAAGUUCAGUACAUAGGCUAUAUGCGUCCACGAAUUCAUAUCUCAUGGUCCGUUGAUGAGUCCUUUAUAUACACCCCUUGUAUGAUUGGAGAUCUUCCAGAGAAGACUAAAAGUUAGAUGCAGACGCAGCUGAAGAUUAUAAAUUUGUUUUAUGACUCCCAUAAAAAACUUGUUUUAAG